AUGGAAGAUAUACUGGAAAAAGCAAGCGUCACGGAGUCAAUGUUCACGGCUUGGUUGGUUGCUAACAGCAAGUACGAAGAAGCACGGGAGCUCACAUAUCGCCAAUUUGUCUCUAAAUUUGUUUAUGAAAAAAAAGAAGAACUUGGAAACCGCGGACCUUAUACUUAUGAAGACAUUCGCAGAGUUGGUGACAUACAAUAUGAUACUUUUAGGGACGCAUGCUUUGUAAUGGGAUUCCUUGAAGAUGACCAAGAAUACAUAGGGGCGAUUAGGGAAGCAAGUGAAUGGGGUUCGGGUCAUAUUCUCCGCAAGCUUUUCGUGGUGAUGCUUUUGUCUGACGCUGUUAAUAGGCCUGAUCAUGUUUGGAAUGAAACAUGGACACUAUUGGCUGAUGGUCUGCUUCAUGAACAAAGACAGUUAAUUCUCUACUAUUUGUGUGCUUAUGAAUUUCCAUAUGUUAAAGUAUUCGGAAUUCUGAUUUUCAUUUACCAAUCUAAUCAAGCAAAUCGAAGAACACUCCACGACUUUAAACCAAUUCCAUAUCCCGACGGGUACGUUCUACAGCAGUUAGGGAACAGGCUAAUAUACGAUGAACGAAGUUAUGAUGUGUCUGCAAUGCGAACCGAAUUCACCCGCCUUUCCAAUGCUCUAACAGAUGAGCAAGGGAAAAUAUUUGAAAAAAUAAUGACCGCUGUCCACACUCAAAAGGGUGGUGUGUUCUUUCUACAUGGUUACGGUGGAACUGGUAAAACAUACAUGUGGAGAACGCUUGCAAGUGCAUUGAGGUCCAAACAUGAUAUAUGUUUAACCGUUGCAACGAGUGGAAUAGCCUCUCUAUUAUUGCCUGGUGGUAGAACUGCACAUUCGAAAUUCAAAAUACCUGUCCCAACAAUGGAUAACUCUACCUGCAAAAUCGACUAUGAUGAUGAGGUUGCAGACCUUCUAAGAUAG